AUGGCAUGGGUAGAACUUACACAGCUAGAGCGUGGUAUCACAAGAACUCGCAUAUGGCGAAACACUGUUAGCGUGAGCACGUAUUAUUUACAGCCGAGCCUUCAAAUUCAGCCCGGACAGGAGCUUGCGCAGAGCCAGACGGCAAAGCCUCACAAGAAGAAGAAACCCUUCAUAGAGAAGAAGAAAGCAGUAACGUUUCACUUGGUACACAGAAGUCAGAGAGAUCCACUUGCUGCUGAUGAUACUGCACCCCAGAGAGUUCUGCUGCCUACACAGAAAGGGCACGAAGAGAAAAGGAGGGAAGAGCAGCGCAAGUAUGGAGUCUUCUUUGAUGACGACUAUGACUAUUUGCAGCAUCUAAAAGAAGCCUCUGGUCCCUCUGAGCUUGUCCCUUCUGUGCGUGGACAGCAAAGCAGAAUUGUUGUCACAAGUGAAGGGCACAUAGAAGAUGAAAUUCAGCGAGUUCCAGCUCCAUCUAUUAAGUUGCCUUCCUCAGUAUUUGCCACAGAGUUUGAAGAGGAUGUGGGCUUGUUAAAUAAAGCUGCUCCUGUUUCAGGACCACGGCUGGAUUUUGACCCUGAUAUUGUUGCAGCUCUUGAUGAUGAUUUUGACUUUGACAAUCCAGAAAAUAUCCUGGAAGAUGAUUUUGUUAUACAAGCAAAUGAACCACAAAAAGGGGGAUCAGAUGCUGAAGAUGAAGAUGAAUGGGAAGAUGUGGAGGAUGAUAGUGAUGAAAAUGAUAGUUGCAGUAGUGAUAAAGACUAUGAUUCAGAAGGUCCUUUAUCAGAUGCUGGGGUUAAUGGACGGACAAAAGAAUUUCUUUUUAUGCAAGAAGAAACCAGGAGUCGUUUCACAGAAUAUUCUAUGACAUCUUCAGUAAUGAGAAGGAACGAGCAGUUAACCCUGUUGGAUGACAGAUUUGAGAAGUUUUUUGAACAGUUUGAUGAAGAUGAAAUUGGAGCCUUGGAUAAUGUGGAGUUAGAAGGCUAUAUUAACACGGACAAUGCUCGGUUGCAGGAAGUCCUGAAUGAUUACUACAAAGAAAAAGCAAAGAAUUGCGUGAAACUGGAUACACUUGAACCCUAUGAAGAUUUGGACUCUCCCAUGAAUGAAGAAAGUGAGGAAGAAAAGGAAGAAGUAGUUGCUGUAGUUAUUGAGGAACCAAAAGAGAAGUGGGAUUGCGAAUCCAUUUUGAGUACAUACUCAAAUUUAUAUAAUCACCCAACACUUAUUAAGGAGCCAUCAAAGCCCAAACCAAUAAAAAUUUCCCAGAAGACUGGAAUUCCCCUACAUGUCUUGCCUCAGAAAGGUCUUACUGCAAAGCAGAUUGAACGCAUGCAAAUGAUUAAUGGCAGCGACCUGCCAAGAGCAUCGACACAGCCCCGAUCCAAAGACGAGAGCAAAGAGGAUCGCAAAGCUAGAAAACAGGCAAUAAAAGAGGAGCGAAAGGAACGCAGAAUGGAGAAGAAAGCCAACAAGCUAGCCUUCAAAUUGGAGAAAACAAGGCAAGAAAAAGAGUUGCUCAAUCUGAAACAAAACAUUCAAGGACUGAAGCUGUCUUGACAAAAUCGAGGAACUGUUGUGGAAGCAUCCUUAAGUCUUCACUUCUAUUGAGGGGGGGAACUGCUAACUCACAGCUUUGCCCAUGCUGCUGGAAGAGGGCUAUUCAGACAUUACUGUAACAAGAACCAGUAACUUGUCAUUCUUUCGGAAAUUAGGUUAUACAUUGUUUUAUGUAUUAGUGAUGUCCCUUCUGCCAUGAGCGACAUGGCAACUGUUGCAAAGGUUUGUUACAGUAGAAAUUAUUAAAAAUCUAAAAA